AUGGCUGCGAUCAAGGAAACCGUCUCCAAUCUCAUUAGCAAGAUCUCGGGCUCGGCCGAGGAAGCUCCCCGCGAGCCCUCCGCUGAAGAGUUCCAGCAGCUGCGGAACAAGUACACCGAGGCUGGGCAAGGGCAAGUCUUCGCCUUUGUCGACGAGCUCCAGACCGCCGAUAAGUCCCGGCUCUUCCACCAGCUGUCCACCUUCGACGUCGCCCGCAUCAACGAGCUGGCCGACCGGGCCCUCAACCCGCCCAAGUCCGAGCAGACUGCCGUGACGGUCGAGCCCCUGCCGGACGUGGCAACCGCCUCGAUCAUCGACUCCGACCCCGCCGAUGUCAAGACCUGGUACGAGGCCGGCCUGAAGCAGGUCGCCGAGAACAAUGUGGCGGUUGUGUUGAUGGCCGGUGGCCAGGGCACUCGCCUCGGCAGCUCUGCCCCCAAGGGCUGCUUUGAUAUCGGCCUGCUGAGCGAAAAGCCCCUCUUCCAGCUCCAGGCCGAGCGUAUCGCCAAGCUGCAGGAGCUGGCUAACAAGGCUCACGGUGUGCAGUCCGCGACCAUCCCCUGGUAUGUCAUGACUAGCGGACCGACCCGUAAGCCUACCGAGGAGUUCUUUGCGAAGAACAAGUACUUCGGUCUCAGCAAGGACAAUAUCUUCAUCUUUGAGCAGGGCGUGCUGCCUUGUAUCUCUAAUGACGGCAAGAUCAUCAUGGAGAGCAAGAGCAAGGUUGCUGUAGCCCCCGACGGCAACGGCGGUAUCUACCAGGCCAUCGUCACCUCCGGCGUGCGCGAGGACAUGCGCAAGCGCGGUAUCAAGCACAUCCACGCCUACUGCGUUGACAACUGCCUUGUCAAAGUUGCUGACCCCGUCUUUAUCGGAUUCUCCGCCUCCAAGAACGUUGACAUCGCGACUAAGGUAGUGCGCAAGCGUGACGCCGCCGAGUCUGUCGGCUUGAUCGUGCAGAAGAACGGCAAGCCCGACGUGGUCGAGUACUCGGAGAUCGAUAAGGAGACCGCCGAGGCGAAGGACCCCAAGCAGCCGGACGUGCUGAAGUUCCGGGCCGCCAACAUCGUCAACCACUAUUACUCGUUCCAGUUUUUCGAGUCGAUCGAGAACUGGAUGCACAAGCUGCCGCACCACGUCGCGCGCAAGAAGAUCCCCUUCAUCAACCCGGAGAACGGCGAGGCCGUGAAGCCCGACACCCCCAACGGCAUCAAGCUGGAGCAGUUCGUCUUCGAUGUCUUCCCCAUGACGCCGCUGGACAAGUUUGCCUGCAUUGAGGUGCGCCGCGAGGAGGAGUUCUCGCCGCUCAAGAACGCCCGCGGCACGGGCCAGGAUGACCCUGAUACCAGCCGCGACGACAUUAUGAAGCAGGGCCAGCGGUGGGUCGAGGCCGCGGGCGGCAUUGUUAUCACCGAGGACGAUAAGUUCGGUGUCGAGGUGUCUCCUCUGAUCAGCUACGGAGGCGAGAACCUCGAGUUCCUCAAGGGCCGGCAAAUCAAGGCGCCCGCCCUCCUGGAGAAGGAGGAGUAG